UUACUGUCAGUGCUGCAGGCAUGUUGCAACAAGGAUAAAACGAAAUGCGAUUGCAAAACUUUGAAUGAAUUACUCUACAUUGGAAUGAUGAGUGAGAAGAUCUGGAGGCCUAUCAAACACACACUAGCCCACAGUUUGAUGGGUAGAACGACGUCGCCGUUGAGCUUGACGAAGAUGUACUAUGUUUUUCCACCGCACCGAUGCGGCGGACGUUUUUACCGAGUGGAACACGCAGUGGCUUUUCACAUGCCCACCAAGCACAAGGACUUAAUACUAUGCGACCGAGCCACGGUGUGACUCGGCUAAUCAUACUGAAUUUGCUUACUCUCAAAAGCAUUCAUCGAGCUUGAGCUUGAAUCACAAUUUCUGACACAUUGAGCUUGAGUUCGAUUUCUUGCUCUGGUGCUUCAAUUUUGAAAAUCGACGAAUGGUUUCAACGAACGGCGUCAGAAGCAACUGGAUCAAUUCAGACUUUCCGGGAAGAGAGAUUCUCGCUGUGCGGUGUCAGUUGCGCAGGCAGUCGUCUGCGCCGGGGGUUCCCGCCUACGUGCUCUAAACUAAGCAGGUGGAUCAGCCUUCCCGGGCUUACGACCAGGCACUAUUGCCGGUACCAGACAGCGCCUUCAGUGCCGACUAAUUUUUGGCGGAAGCCUAGUUUUAUGCAUAUUCUUGUGUAAGUUCAUGUGCUGGCACGGCAAACAAGCAGCUGCAAGUGCAUGACGUAACUCGCGGUGUCACGGGUGCCGCGAACCGUAACACCAUUGAACCCAUUACUACGGAUAUCGAAUGAUACCCAUUCCCACUAGUUUAAAAUACACAUCUGGAUAUGGCAGCACUUGGUUACGUAAACUGUAGGUUGCAUGCACUAGGUCUAAUAAUAAUAAGCGAGUUGGUAGGGAGAGGAGAAUCGUCGCCGCAACAUAUGCUCAUGCAAACUGUAUAUAUUUCCUCAGUCCUCCGCUCGAAACAUGCGUUGCUAGCCGCUUCCUCCUUGAUCAGUACUGACGAGCACCCGAGUCCGAUCAGAUUGUACUUACUGCCGUUUGCUUGUGCAACGAUCACAGUGCUUCUCAGCACCUAAGACCAUGGCUAAGUCGCUGCUUUUCGUCGCGCUUCUGGUGACUUUGGCUGUUGCGGCUCAAGCCAAUUCUUUACCAGCUCCUCCACCAGCUACUACACCAGUUACUUCACCAGCUCCGGCACCUGCUCCUCACCACCACUACCACCACGACCAUGACUUCUCCCUGAAGCUUAUCCUCCACAACGUCGCCAAGCGGGCCGUGACCUUCAAGUUGGUGAAGCCCCUGAUCUCGAGGGCGGUGGUUGUCCCGCCCCACAAAUGGAGCUCGAUCGCGCCCUUCACCCCCAAGUACCCCAGCAUUGAAGUCGUCGUCAUCGUGGAGAAUAAGACCUACAAGACUGUGACCAAGAACUUAAAGAUCAACUUGCUGCAGCACUUCGGGCACAAGGAGCUCAAGGGUGACAAGUUUUUGGUGCUCACCGCUGUGGAGAGCUGGAGCUGGAAGUCCAAGUACCUCCUCGUCACCAUUGGUGAAGUGGUCAUCCUGUCGAUCAAGCUCUAAACUCACAAUCCCAGGGAUUUCUGAAUCGCGAGGUUUUUUUAGAGGGAUGCGCAAUCGGGUGAAGAACUCUGCAUUGUGUGGAAUCCAACUAGUAUUGUUUGAGGGCGACUUGAUGCUUACCCAGCAUGAUUGGCUGGUCGAUUGUUUUACCACUUAUUAUUGAAUAAAAAACCAGAAGUUUCCAUGACAUAAAAAACAAGAAAAAAAAA